GGAGGGUUUAGAAGAAAGCGCACUUCCGGUGCCCUUUCUCCUGCGAGCACCUGGGCCACGGACCCUCGUGUGAAGGGUGCGGUUUCUAAACUGGAGUGGGGUAGAGGCGGGCCGGCACCCACUCCUGACCUUUGGUGCCGCCGGUCUCCGGGUCGGACAUGGCCCAGAACUUGAAGGACUUGGCGGGGCGGCUGCCCUCCGGGCCCCGUGGCAUGGGCACGGCGCUGAAGCUGUUGCUCGGGGCCGGCGCCGUGGCUUACGGGGUCCGCGAGUCCGUGUUCACUGUGGAAGGCGGGCAGAGAGCCAUCUUCUUUAAUCGGAUCGGUGGCGUGCAACAGGACACCAUCCUCGCCGAGGGCCUCCACUUCAGGAUCCCCUGGUUCCAAUAUCCCAUCAUCUAUGACAUUCGGGCCAGGCCACGAAAAAUUUCCUCCCCCACAGGCUCUAAAGACCUGCAGAUGGUGAACAUCUCCCUGCGAGUGCUGUCUCGACCCAAUGCCCUGGAGCUUCCCAGCAUGUAUCAGCGCCUAGGGCUAGACUACGAGGAGCGAGUGUUGCCGUCCAUUGUCAACGAGGUUCUCAAGAGCGUGGUGGCCAAGUUCAAUGCCUCACAGCUGAUCACCCAGCGAGCCCAGGUGUCCCUGCUGAUCCGAAGGGAGUUGACCGAGAGGGCCAAGGACUUCAGCCUCAUCCUGGAUGAUGUAGCCAUCACGGAGCUGAGCUUUAGCCGAGAGUACACAGCUGCUGUAGAAGCCAAACAAGUGGCGCAGCAGGAGGCCCAGCGGGCCCAGUUCUUAGUGGAAAAGGCAAAGCAGGAACAGCGGCAGAAGAUCGUGCAGGCCGAGGGUGAAGCUGAGGCCGCCAAGAUGCUUGGAGAAGCACUGGGCAAGAACCCAGGCUACAUCAAGCUACGGAAGAUCCGGGCGGCCCAGAACAUCUCCAAGACGAUCGCCACAUCACAGAAUCGUAUCUAUCUCACUGCUGACAACCUUGUGCUGAACCUGCAGGACGAAAGUUUCACCCGGUGAGAGAUGUGUCCUACACAGUGGGGUGUCACAAAGAACAUGGGGUCUAAGUCUAGUCUCUUGGGCUCCGGGGCCUGUUACUAGCUUAUUCGUGUGACUUUGAAAGACACCAUUCCUCUGAACCAGAAGAUAGAAAGUGUUGGUGACUUGAAUCUCAUAUGAUUGAUUUUAUGAGAAUAGCGUUAUUCAUUGAAAAGCAUUUUCUCCCUGGCCAGUGUGGCUCGGUUGGAGCUUUGUCCCGUACACCAAAAGGUGGCAGGUUUGAUCCCUGGUCAGGGUACAUGUGGGAGGCAGCUGAUCGAUGUUUUUCUCCUUUCCUCUCAAAUCAUUUUUUUUUUUAAGGCACUUUAAUUGUCAAGUUUUGUCUACUGACAAGUAGUGGAAGAUGGUAUUUAGUAUCCUUACUCAGGAACCCUAAAAUUGCUGCUCUGGGCAUGGAAGGGUGCUAGGAAAGGAGCGGUGAGAGAUGGCAGUGCCGAGAGGACUAGUCUUCCUUUCCGGAGCCUGAGAUCCCUGGCUUCCAACCCUUUUUCUCUUGGGAGCACAGGAGGGUUUAGCACUAGUUGAGGCCUGAACUAAAAAUCACCUCUGCAUUUUUCUUCUCUUUUUGUGAUUCCUGUUCAUCUGGUGACCUGGUGUCCACAGGGGAAGGUAAGUUGAUGAUGCAUCCUUGUUUCCAUGGGGUCUUGCAGCUCAUCUAGUACCUGCCUUCUCCCCACCACCUACCCUUUCUCACACCCCCUUAACCACUGAGCAGAUGGGACAGGAGGAAGGAGGGUGGUUCCUGUGACCUUGAAGGGAGAGGUCAUGGUGCUGUUCCUCUCACGUUUAUGUCUCCUUCGUCCAUCUCCUUUCCACAGUGACAGCCUCCUCAAGACUAAGAAAUGAGCCUGCUGACCAAGAACUCCACCCCCAGAGAAGUGGAUCUGUUUCUGCCCUGGUGUUUGAGGAGCCAACUUGGGGUCCAGCACACCCCACCCUGCCCCCAGUAUCAUGUGAUGGUCCCCUCUGUAUCUGUCCUCCCAGCCCUUUGUCAGGGGAAUGACUUUCCUCCCUGUGUUGGCAGGGGUUGUUGGGACAGUGUGUGAUUUCUCAGUGAUUUCCUGCAGUGUUGGCUCCUCUCUCAAGGUUGGGAGGCAAUAACCACCAUCCCAGGAAUUCUCAAUAAAUUUUUAUUACUUAAGCAGAA